AUGAUGUUUUUUAAACUACUGGCUCUUACUUUUGUGAUAAUUCACACUUGGCUGCUAAAUUCCGCUCAAUCAGAUCAUGUUCAGAGAUACAAACGGGCUCUUGCUCAUAGAGCGGGCAGGGAACAGGCUGUCAUAGGGAAAGAAUUGUGCGGCUCAAUCAGUCGAAAACGACCGGCGCACUUGAUGACUCAACACUACCCCUUAGUGGCCGCGCUAGGGAGACACACCCGGCUGAAAGACCUACAGCAAAGAGCAGGGCAAACGGCGGAGCCCUGUUCAGGUGGGUGCAAUUCCGACAGCAAUGCUGCCCCCGGACAGCGUGAAGGCCCUCCUUGGAGUAUUAAUGAUAAGAAAAAUAAUGGAGAUUGGACCAUUAAAGGGUCAGGCAAAAAUGAGGAACCAGAUUCAUUUUACACUGGCUCCCUCACUAAGUCUCUCAGUCCUAAUGAACUUGAGGAUUUGGACUAUAACUCUAAAUUAGUUCAUGGACACUCAGAUAGAUUACACUCAGAAUUUGUUAAAAAGCAAAAGAGGUUUAUAUUGACUCCUCAGUCUACACACAGCAGAGUUUCCCGUAGCCUUUCCAGUCCUUACGAAGAAGGAGAGAGGGACUUGGAGGUAGCUGAGUUCACUCAAGACUUGUACGCUAGCGAUGAAGCCAGUGAUUAUUCAGCAGAGAAUGAGGACUAUUCUGGAGAGCAGCUGAGGCUACGCAAACCAGCCAGCACGUUGUGGGGUGCUCACGUUAAAGACGUCCCUCCUAAGUGGAUGACCACUCUCUACUUCAGCGGUCAGAGGGAGCAGUUGAAGAUCAACCCCUCAGCUGGAGUGGAGCUUCCUCGCUCCAAGUUCACCGUUGAGCUGUGGGUCAAAGCGGAAGGAGGACAGACCAACCCAGCGCUCAUAGCAGGUGUAUUUGACAACUGUUCCCACCCUCUCAGCGAGAAAGGGUGGUCUGUAGGUAUUCGGACCGUAGACCCAACAGGAAGAAAAGAUGGACGAUUUUUCUUUUCCCUCCGCACGGAUCGCGCUCUCAAAACCACAACUAUUACAGGACACCGACGCUACCAGGCCAACACCUGGAGCCAUGUGGUUGCCAGCUAUGACGGUCGCAGGAUGGCUCUGUAUAUUGACGGAGCAAAGGUGGGAGAGAGCACUCAGCAAUCUGGCAACCUUUACAGCCCUUUCCUCCAGCGCUGCCGAUUGUUCCUCCUGGGCGGGGAUCAGUCUGAACCCGGACACAACUUCCGAGGUCAUUUAGGGGGCAUUAUGCUGUGGUCUGACCCACGCUGUCAGGAGGAGCUGGUUAAAGGGUACGACCCCAAAGCCAAGGGGCAGAGCCCCAUCCUGUCCCUCUGGGCAAGCUUCUCCGAGGUGGAGAAAAUGUUCGUACCUUACAAAGAAAAGCAUCAUCCGGUCAUAGUCUCUGUCCCUCUUCCUGAGCGUCAGGUGGUCUCUCCAUUCCUCCCUCCCCCCUGCGGCCUGACGGUGUGUGACAACACGGACAUUAGUCUGAGUUACAACCGUCACUGGCAACUCCGCACGAAGAAGCACCUGCGCUAUCGUGUGGUCAACAUCUGCAACAGCGACGGUAGCAGCCCGACGGUGUCGCAGGCUCAGAUCGAACAGCAGCAUCAGGCCAUAGAACAAGCGUUCUCCCCUUACAACAUCACACUGGAGCUCAGCGUCCACACCGUACGCAACACCUCCCUCAGACAGCGCUUCAUCCUCAGCAACUGCCACAUCGCCAAGAUCGGGAACCGCCACUGCGAUCCGGAAUGCGACCACCCCCUCACGGGCCGGGACGGGGGCGACUGUCUUCGCCUAGGGCCCUGCUAUAACUGGAAAAGGAGGGACGGGGUGUGCGACGUGGAAUGCAACAGCGUUCACUACGACUUCGACGACGGCGACUGCUGUGACCCGGAGGUCACGGACGUGUUGAAGACGUGCUUCGACCCCGAGUCUCCUGAGAGAACUUACCUGAGUGUGAAAGAGCUGAAGGAACUUCUUCAUCUGAGCGGUUCGGACACACUCAACGUAUUCUUCGCGAACAACUCAGCCCGUGAGGAGCUGGCAGGGGCUGCCACCUGGCCCUGGUCCAAAGAGGCCCUUACUCAUCAAGGCGGUAUGAUACUGAACCCGUCCUACUUCGGCACUGUCGGACACAAUAACACCAUGAUACACGAGAUGGGCCACAUCCUGGGACUGUACCAUGUCUUCAAGGGGGUGUCCGAGCGGGAGUCGUGUGACGACCCCUGCCAGGAGACCACUGCUUCCAUGGAGACAGGAGACCUCUGUGCUGACACAGCACCGACUCCAAAGUCCAAGGCCUGUCGGGACCCAGACCCGGUUAAUGAUACCUGUGGCCUUGCCCACUACAAGAACACCCCCUACAAUAACUACAUGAGCUAUACAGAUGAUAACUGCACCAAUCAUUUCACCCCUAACCAAGUAGCUCGGAUGCACUGCUACAUUGACUUGGUCUAUAAGAACUGGGUUCGUGAGAGGAGACCCUCCCCUGUCCCUCUUCCACCAAUGGUGACUGAACACAAGUCAGAUUCUGUCACUUUUCAUUGGCUACCUCCAAUAAGUGGGCCGCUGAACCAAAAGAAGGCUGGUGUGAACUGUCAACAGUGUGACGAGGGCGGAGCUCUCCACCAGUAUGCAUACGAAGCCACCUCCCCCCACGCCUGCGACAACUCCGGCUACUGGACACCAGAAGAGGCUGUUGGUGCACCUGACGUGUACCAGCCUUGUGAGCCCAGCAUGCAGGCGUGGAGUCCAGAGGUCAGUCUUUAUGAAGCCAAUGCUACAUCACCAUGUCCUCAGAGUGAGGGCUGUGUGUUGGACCUUCACUUUCUUCACCCUGUGGUCCCUGACAGCCUGACUGUAUGGGUUACCUACAUCUCAGCCAAUAACCAAGCCAUCUCUAACAUUGAGCUCAUAACGGACACGGGGGAGUCCGUUCACACCGGUCCUCAGCACGUCUUCUGCGAUGUCCCGCUCACGCUGCACCUCCAGACCAAGAGGAGGGUCGGCGCGCUUAAGAUCUGCACCUUCGAUAAGAAAAUGGAGAUUGACGCCGUUCUGCUCUCCUCCAGACCACACAAUCCUUUGUGCUCCAGCUGUCGUCCGCUCCGUUACAGGGUCCACAGACAUCCACCUUUCAGAAGGGACAGGAAACCUCCUUCGGUGAAUCAGCCUACCUUCACGGAUGGUGACGUAGAAAAAGGUAAACAGUAUGAGUACAGGAUCCAGGUGGAGGCUGAACAUCUCCUCAGUGAGCUCUCUCCGCCUCUGCUCCACACGCACGGCCAGCCCUACUGCGGGGACGGUCUGGUCCAGGGGAUAGAGGAGUGUGAUGACAGGAAUCUAUUGGAUGGAGAUGGUUGUUCUAGAAAGUGUCGUAUGGAGCCAGGUUUUAACUGUGAGGGUCAGCCCAGUUUGUGCUAUGUGUAUGAUGGAGAUGGAGUGUGUGAGGAGUUUGAAAAGAUUUCCAGCGUGCAGGACUGUGGCUUUUUCACACCUCAGGGUUACUCUGAUCAGUGGGCGUCCACCGCCCUGGCCUCUCAUGAGGAUGAGAGCUGCCCCGCCCACAGAGCGACCGGAGAGCCCUCCCUCAAACAGAUGUGUAAAUCCAAGUUUCUGGACAUGACGGACGUAAUGUCGCGAAAAGCCUGGAUCCCCUGCACUGCACAGUCUCGUUAUACCAGCUACUACGAGCAAGACCAGCCUGUGUGGUUAAAGUUGGGGUUUGAGAGACCUGGGGUGGCAGCUUCCGUCAUCCUCUACCUGGCGUUUGAUGGCAGUUGGCAUGGCGACCAGUGUCGGAAAACAGUCACCAUCCAUCUCUGUGACACCGCUGGAAAAAACCAUUCCCUCGGUACUUAUGAGUUGUCAUGCCAGCGUAACCCUCUGGUGGUAAACGUGACACAUAACCUCAGCAUGCCGUUCUUCCUGACCAAGUCCGUCAUGCUGAACUUCUCUUCCGCUCAUGUGGCUGUGUUGGGCGUGGCUCUGAGGACGGCCUGCCACUUCAGUGCUUUUGCCCUGACUGGAUGUGUGCGUAGGCCAUGCAGCGCAGAUGGGUGCGGUACUGUUAAUGUAGAUCAUGCUUCAGUCAGCUGCACUGCUGGAUCUGAUUCCACUCAGUGCUCUGUUCUCUGUCACCGUGGUUACAUCCUCAGUGUUCUCAGUGGUCCAGGACUUCCUGCUCAUCAGAAAGAGACUGGCUUGAAAUGUGCCGGUGGAGUUUGGGACCGUGUGGUGGCGUGCCAACCUGUGGACUGUGGCUUCCCUGACCAGUCUCUCGUCUAUUUUUCCACCUUCGUCUGUCCCUGGGGCACCACGUUUGGCAAGCAGUGCUCCUUCACCUGCAAAGCCCCAGCCAUUCUGCAGGGCGACAGCAACACGUUGGUGUGUUUGGAAGACGGGCUAUGGUCUUCUCCGGAAGCGUACUGUAAAAUCGAGUGCCCGGACCCCCCGGCGGUGCCCAACGCCAAGUUCCUGAUGCCUCAGUGUGACGGCAAUGGGCAUGAUGUGGGCACCGUGUGCCGUUAUAAAUGCAACCCAGGAUAUUAUGUCACUGGAAGCCCUAACAAAAAGCCAAGGAAGAGAUUUCUGAAGCUGGAGUGUUUGGAGGGAGGUCACUGGCAGGAUGGAAGCUGUUUGCCCGUCUCAUGCCCCGCCCUACCCCCCAUGUUUGAGGGCAUGUACGCUUGCACCAACGGCCUCGACUUCGACAGCGUCUGCACGUUACAAUGUCCUGACCCCACUGAGAAGUACUCCAUUCGUUGCACCAAAGAUGGCAGAUGGACGGAAGAGUUCACAAUGUGUAAGAAGAUAGAGGGCUCUUGCCAGCCCCCCCCAGAACUUAACCUGCUGGAAUAUCUCUGUGAGGACGGUUAUGACGUGGGUGCGGUCUGCUACCCAACAUGCAUUGUGGCCUUGAGUGACCCAGUGGUUUUAGCCAACGACUCCACCGCUGAUACACUGAAGCACUGGAUGUUACCCACCAAGGUUCAGAGUAUAGUAUGUACUGGCAUGCUGAAGUGGCAUCCUAAUCCAGAAAACAUCUACUGCAUCCAGUCCUGUGAGCCCUUUGGAGGAGAUGGCUGGUGUGACACCAUCAACAACCGUGCUUAUUGUCAAUACGAUGGAGGUGACUGCUGUCCGUCAACUCUCUCUACCAAAAAGGUGAUUCAGUUCGGGGUGGAUUGCGAUCAUGAUGAAUGUGCGUGCCGUGAUCCUGGUGCAGAGGAGAACAAGAGCAAAGCCAGACUCACCGAGCCAGGUCAACCGUGA